AUGCGCGGCGUCCCGCGAACUGUCUCCAAACAAACCGCAGCAGCAGCAGCAGCAGCGCCGCUGCUGCUGCUGGGCGCAGCAGCAAGCGUCAGCCUCACCGUGGCCGUCACCCGCGGGGACUGUCUGUCUCCUUUCAAAAGGAGACAGACACCCGAGUGUCUCCUUUUGCUGCUGCUGUACUGCCGCUACCUCUGCGCCAAAAACGCAGCAGCACUUAUUGUCACUUCUUGCAAACCCGGGGCCACGCCCCGCAAUGUGCGGCUGCUGUAUCGCUAUUUGAUGCACCGCAUGUAUGGAUACCCCUUCAGAGAAGGGGCCCAACUCGAAGACGAGGAGACACUUUUCGUUCCGGCAGGAUGGGAGACAGUGGAGGAACUCAACGCCAUAGUAGCAAAGACAUCUGCAGGGACUUUUGACAAGGAGAAGGAGACAGCCCCUGCGGUGUCUGUCCAGCCCAUUGCUUCCUUUUUGAAGGAGCUGCAGCAGCAGCACAGCAGCAGCACCCCACAGUUGUAG